CUAUUUUCGUUCUCCAAUUUUCAAUAACACGAUUUCAAUUUUCCUUCCUUCUAUUAAUCGACCACACUAUCUCCGUUUGGAAAGUUAGCAGGAUGAUUCUCGAUGUCGAUUACAAACGUAUUCGACUGCGUUGGAAGAUGUGUCAAGCGACGUUUACGACUGGAGGAGGAACUUUUCACCUUAAUUGCCGGGCGAAAAGCAGGAAACGUUCUCGAAGUUGAAAAGGGUUCGUUGGUACAUCAAAAGCACUUGUUCAGCAAGGUCGAAUGGAUUUCAUUGUGGACCGUGUGCAGCCCUCGAGAGCUUUUGACGUUCGAAUUUACCGCCACGAACGCGUCCAGAAAUAUUCGUUUACACGCCGAAAGACCUGAAUCACAAAAAAUAUCGAGAAACCAGAGAUUGUUGAUUUGAAAAUUGAAUUGAGAACAACAA